GUCGAGGCGGUGAAAUUCCGUAGACACGCCAGAAUCAUUACCAGUUUGGUGCGUUUAGAGGCUUUCAUCAUGAGGAAGGUGUUUUUGGUUCUAUUAGGCAUCGCCAUCGUCCUGCUUGCUUCAGCUGAGGGUAGGAAAAGUCGUAAGCGGGGAGGAAAAGGUAAAGGAAGUUUUUCUCGGCCAGACAAAAAAGGUGAGUGCAAUUCAUCAAAAAUUUAAACAACGCAUAAAAGCUUAUUGUACCAAUUUGAGAGGAAGAAACACGCUCAACCUCUGUCAAUAUAACGUUUGGUAAAUUUUAUCCUGAGUGUUUUGUCUAAAUUCAGCAGCAAUUGCGUUGGUGCUUAAGGAAUAAUUUCGGAUGUGGGGUUCUAAAGAUCUUACCGUAUGUACAUUAUACACGCGGAUUUUGGAUUUUGACCUUUCUAUGCUUUCUUGAUCAUUUUCCCGACCAAAGCUGCAAAGGCUAGCCUCCUAGUCUUGUACUGAAAUUAGAAAUAACACCCGAUACAUGAAGGGUUUCGGAUUUGCGGUUAGCUCAGGCGUUUAGCCACGCAGAGAGCGAAAAGAAUAGGAAAUUAUUUUCUCCCUUGAACAAAGCGAAACCUCAUGGAACAAGAGCUGAAAUAAUUGUACAUAUUCGCUUGUCUUAAGCCAUGGCACGAGAGAGAGAGGGAGUGAGGGGGAGAGAGAGAAGCAAAAUUAGAUUACAGAAUAAAAUGAGCAUUUUGACCUUGUGAACCGAACUACUCAGCUCGAUGCGCAGUUGAGACCCUCUUAGUAAACUUUAAUCUUGGUGUUUUUACGUCUAGUUAACCUUGAAAUCCGAUGUUCUUCUAUGGAUUUCUCCGUUUCUUUAAGUUGCGUUGCGCUUGAAGUUUCUUAAGCAAUUUACAUUUGCCCACCUCGCAAAUUUUCUAAGUCUUUCAUUCAAAGGCAGGGACUACGGAUGGUCAACAAAUGUAUCACAUGAUGCGCUGAUAAACUCUUCAUUAUGACUGUAUUGCAUAACUUAACCAGCGACACUGCAAAGAGUCAGACAAUGGGGCUUUUUUCUAUUCAUUUGGUGUUGUGGUCCGUGUUAUAUAUAGGUUUCAUUGUUCAAAUUAGAUCUUUUACUAGUUGAUUCUUCAUAGUUGCACCUCAAUUAUUGGUUUUGUCUUCUAAUUUGUGGUCUGUUUGUGACAUCUUAUACUCAACUAGCAUGUGUCAAAAACUGCAUCAGUUGCAACCGCGAAGGAACCUGCCUCGAGUGCGAUGAUGGAUUCGCCAAAGUCACCUUCCCGAAACGAUCCAAAACAGUCUGUGUUCCUUGCAGCAAACGAAGAAAAAAGACUGCUUUGAAUCCAGAUAUGUCCAAAUGCCCUCCAGGUGAGCGAGGUUGUUUCAGUUGGUCAGCGGCUUUGUGCUGUCAAAGUUGACAAUAAUAUUAAUAAUGGUAAUAAUUUUGAGGUAUUGAAGAAUCGAAAGAAAAUCGUCCCUACCAAGUGGCGCCUUUUGGACUCGUACGGAAUGCCAACGAGGUAAAGCAAAGGCUUUGGCUUAUGCAGCCACAAGAGCUUGUUAUAUCACAGGCAGCCGAAGCUCCAGCUGUGAGAUGAUUAUCUUGCGCAAUAACAGUCAUGGCAGAAUUAUAUUUCUGUAUAGUUUGUAUGAGAAUGUUUACGACCGCUUUAAGGAAUUAAAAAGUAUACUUGCACAGCGUAUCACCUAUUAUCUGACCGCUUACUUUGAUUAAAAAAAAACCAUUUUAGCGAGUUGUCCAUUUCGAGGUUUUCCACGUACAUGAGAAAAGGGCUUUUCUCAACUCUUCUCUGAUUUAUUUAUUUUAAUUCCUUAAAGCGAUCGUAAAUAUUCCCAUUCAAACUCUUAUAAUUCCGCCAUGACUGCUAUUGCGCAAGAUGAUCAUCUCACAGCUCGAGCUUGGGGCCGCCUGUGGCUAUCAUCUUUUCUGGGUGGAGAUGGCCCAUUUUUUUUUUUUUACUGGAAGUUAGUGUCAUUACACCGCUGACCAAUAGAAGGAUUUCGGUGGUCUUACUAAGGGAUAAACUAGAGAUUCUCCUUUGCAGUGGCCUUAUGCGCAACUCCCUAAAGAACGAAUGCAAAGGAGACCACUCUAACGACCCUAACUCGGUUUUCACGCAGUUUUUCGCGCCUCCAUUUAUCGCUCUGCCCUUUGUUUCCUUUUUAGCGGACUAAGAGAGCAACAAAAAGAGGCUGCUCUCAUUCCAACCUCUCCCAAGCGUCCUCUAACUUUCAUGGAAAAAAGUCAGAGAUGUGUAUAUUGAUUAGUAUUUCCCAAAUUUUAGUACCUACGACAGAUCCUUCGCUGAGCUGUCCGAAAAAGUGCUCCAGUUGCAACAAUGGAGUGUGCCUUGUUUGCGAAAGGAAUUUCGCUUUAGUUACUGGACGUAAGAAUAAAACAGCUUGUAUUCCCUGUGCUACUGGGAGAAACAGUAAAAGGAUUGACAAAUCACAGUGUGACUCAGGUAAUUCCCCGUUGUACAAUUGUGCGCUUGAUCCUGUGGUUAUACUCUGUUUGGGCCCUGAGCUCUGCAUAGCUCUGAUAUGGUAUGAAAGAAAGAUUUAUCUAAUUCCUGAAAUCUUCGAUAUACGCUAUUUUUUAAUCUUUUCAGGAAGUUGUGGGAAAAACUGUCAAACAUGCACAAAUGGAACGUGUACAGAAUGUGCAAACGGGUUUGAACUGCAUCGAGACAAGAAUAUGUGCAAAAAGAUAAAAGGCAAGUUUAAGAUCGCUGUUCUCAUUGAAAACUUGUGCUCAACGAAAUGUAGUCCUUCACGAUGUAAGUUAUCUCUGUCUUUUAGCAUCAAUUCAUGUCACAUUCUGACCUUUUACCCUAAGUGUUUCGAAAUUUCCUUUAGCGCCUACUCUUCUGUGGUUAUUCAUGGAUUUAAGAAACUGGCCAUACUCUUCCUUUCCACGAAAAGUAGCAAUGUAACGCAUAAUUGA